AUGAACUCCGCCUCUCGUUCUCACACGAUUCAUACUCUUCGGGGUACACCUGCGUCUCACCAACGACAGGUUCCUCGUUCCACCACAAGAAGAAGUUAUAAGGUUCCUCGUGUGGGUACUCAAGUACGCAGCAAUCAUAUUGGUAUGUUCACCCCUGAAAUGGCCAAGCGCCUAGCUGUUCUUGUUAAAAUGGAGAAAGGCCUACUUAGAACUUAUGAAGUUCUUGCCGAUGAGCGCAAAGCAUGCGCGAACCAGUUGUCCUACUGGGGUGAGGAUUGUGAUGAUGAUAUUAGCGACAUCAGUGAUAAGAUUGGUGUCCUUCUUUACCAAAUUGGUGAACAAGAAGACCAAAUGAUCGAUAAGCAUGAUCAAUAUCGUAUUUCUUUGAAGAGUAUUCGUAACAUUGAAGCUAAUGUUCAACCUGCACGUGAAAGGAAAGAAAAGAUUUUGAAUUCCAUCUAUGAUCUAAGACAACGUGACUCUGACUCUCCAAAACUUAUUUCUUUGGAGCAAGAAUUGGUUCGUGAAGAGGCUGCUUGCUUGGUUGCCGAAGCUCAGCUUACCAACAUUACUCGUGAAAAUUUCAAGCUUGCUAUGACUAUUAAUGUCGGUACUCUUCUCGAGCAUUCUGAAAAGAUUUCUGUUCUUUGCAGUUACGCUAAGAAGAUUUUGGAUCUUCUUGAUGACACUCCAAUUACUCCUGGUGAGCCUCGACCCAUCUAUGAUGGAUACGAAAUCACCAAAGAUUAUGUGUUAGAAGCCGAGAGGGAGAUUUCGAACUGGCAAUCUCCUUUCGUUACUCCUGAACCUUUGACCGACAUUGAUGGACUUCCAAUCCAGAGCCAUUACCAGCCAGAAUACCAAAGAAACACUAUUCGAUACGAUGGUCCAGAGCAGAAAAGGUAUAGUCACAUCCAAGCCGCUGAUCAUGGCCAUACUACUGGAACAACUCACAAUUACACCGGAAGAGCCUAUGACCGUGCGCCGACUGAAGAAUUCCAGCCUAAUGUCCUUCAAGACACUCAAUACGUUGACAAUUUUGAGGUUGGCGAAGAAGAUGAUCUUGAUGUUGAUUCUCAGACUGGCCAAGAACCAGGUUCUUUUGCUGCUUCUCAGCACCCUCAUGCCCUCGCAGCGUAA